AUGGUGUUACCCCGUCAAACAAAAUCAACUGAAAUUCGACAAGAAUUAAAUACAAGAAUAAAAAAACAUAAGACAACAGUAGUGAACAGUAAACAAAAAUCAAUUCAUACUAAACGAAAAAAAUUAACUAAACGUGUGGAUUUAAACAAUCCAUUGACAAAUACGAAAACCUUACGUCGAAGUCGACGUUUAAACAAUAAAAAAAGACAAUCAUCCAGUUCAUCUUGUGAUUACAAUCCUCCCGUAAUUCUUACUUCUUCUUCAUCAUCAACUUCAUCUUCGAAUUCUAUUCCUGUUGACACAACACCUGUAACUAAAACUUAUCCAUUACGAUCACGUUUACGACGUGCAUCGUUGACAAGUAGUAAUCUAAUAACAACAACAAUAACAAAAACAAAUCGUCGCUCACGCAUAUCAAAACAACAAGAUCCAUCAACAAUAUCAUCAUCGAUGGGUCUUCGUAAUGGUAAAAUAAUUAAUUUACGUACAAUUAUAUCAGGUUCAACAUCUCAAUCAGCCCAAGAAAUAACAACAUCAACACUUCCAUUACUUGCAUUCAAUCCUUUACCACGUCAUCAUCAUCAUCAAACAAAUAAUUCCACAUUAUCAGUAUCAUCAUCGUCAUCAUCUUCUUAUUCAUCAACAAUUUCAAAUAAUAAUAAUAACAAUAAUAACAAUGAAUUAAAUUCUACAAUAUGUCAAUAUCAUUAUUCAAAUAUUACAAAUCAUCCAUCAUUAGAUCCAACGAAAUAUUUUCCUGCUCGAUUGGAUAUUCUUCUUGACCGACCACCUGUAUCACGUGAAAAACAAAUUGAAUAUGGAUGGAAUCAUGAUGAUCGCUCCAUGAAUAUUUUUGUUAAACAUAAUGAUCCAUGCACCUUUCAUCGACAUCCUGUUGCACAAAGUACCGAUGCUGUUCGUUGUAAAAAAGGUUUCACAAGUGGUAUUCAUGUAUGGGAAAUUGAAUGGAAUACGAGACAACGUGGAACACAUGCUGUAGUAGGUGUCGGUACAAUAAAAGCACCUUUGCAUUGUCCAGGCUAUCAAGCACUUGUUGGGAUGAAUCAAGAAUCUUGGGGGUGGGAUUUAGGUCGAAAUAAACUUUAUCAUAAAGGUGUUAAUAGUGUUUAUGCUUCAACACAGUAUCCAUCGUCUGGUUCUAUAUCUCCGACAACUACAACAUCUGUAGUCACUGAUCCAGCUGAUGCAAUUAAUAAUAAUGGCAUCUCAUAUCCAUCGAAAUCAGAUGAAUGUUUUGUUGUACCUGAUAAAUUUUUUGUUGUUUUGGAUCUUGAAGAAGGAACAUUAGCUUAUAUCGUUGAUGGACAAUAUUUAGGUGUAGCAUUUAGUGAUCUUAAAGGUAAAGGCGCACUUUAUCCAAUGGUAUCAUCUGUAUGGGGACAUUGUGAAAUAACGAUGCGUUAUAUAAAUGGAUUAGAACCUGAUCCGCUUCAAUUAAUGGAUUCAUGUCGACGAGUAAUACGUAAACAAUUAGGCCGAUCGAAUCUACAUUUAAUUAAUCAAUUGACAUUACCUAAUUCACUUCGUAAUUAUCUCGUCUAUCAAAAACGUCAACCACUUGCUGAUAUUGAUGAUAGUAUGACAAGAAAACGUUUGAAUCAUAACCGAUUAACAUUGAUGAAAAUGGCGCCUGCAACAAAAAUAUUUUUGACACAAGAUGAAGCACUUGCACAUAUUUCCGAACGGCAAAAAAAUGAGACAAAUAUUAAUUUAGGUGAAAUUUUAUAUUUAUUCAGUUUCGAAUCACAACCGGAUGGGAACCGACGAUAUCAAGUUGCUGAUAUAGACAUCUUCUUUCAUGAAUAUUAUCAGUUACCUGCUAAUCAACGUCAUAUCUAUGAAAUUAUUAUUGAUAAAAAACCAUCAAAACUUUAUUUUGAUCUUGAAUAUGAUAUUGCUGCUAAUCCAACUAUCGAUGGAUCAAAAUCGUCUACAAAAUUUAGUCGUCAUUUAAUUUUUCAAACAAAAGAUCCAUUCUUAGAUAAUCUUGCUGUUGGUAAAUUUGUCAAUUUAAUCUUAGAAGAUAUUCAUGGCUGUAUAAUUAAUCAUCAAUGUACUGCAGCUCGUAUUACUACACCAUUUCUAACACAACAAACACAAUCAUAUCCGGAUUCAACGGGUUUUGCGACAAACCUUCUUACAACUAUCGAAUCACAUUUAUUUCGAUUUCAACAAUGUCAAUGCAUUGAUGAUUAUACACAACUUCCUUUGAAAGAUCUUAUUGAAUUUAUUGUAAAAAAAUCUGAUGGAAAUGAAUUAACAUGGUUUUGUGAUAUGAGUGUUUAUAUGAAAAACCGAGCAUUUCGAUUACUUCUAUCGAGUAAAUUUAAUCAAUCCGAAUGUUUUACAGUUGCACCUGAAAAUAAAUGGGAACCCGAUAUAGGACGUUCAUUAAUUCAAUCAACUGAACAUGAACGUCAAACAUUUAUGGCAUCAUUAGUUUAUUUUAAUGGACCUAUUCGACGUUUUAUUCAUGUUGAUGAUGAAAAUCCAAUUAAAACAAAAUCUGUUAUUUCACGUUCACAAAAGCAAUCAUCAUAUAUAACAGAUGAUUUAGAAAAAAUUAAAGGAGAUUAUCCAGAACUAUGUAAUUUCAUGAUGAAUAUUGCACGAGAUCAAAAUAAGAAUGAUAAUACAUAUCGUGCAAGUCGUUUGUAUAAAGGAAAAGAAGUUCAAAAUGAUUUUCGAUGGGAAAUAAAUUUUAUGUAUGCUGGAGAUUAUAAAUAUUGUGAACGAAUUGAACGUCAUCAUAAAAAUAAUAAUAUUUAUUUUGUCGUUGACAUGCGUAAAGGAACAUAUCGACAAAAAUGUCAUGAUCCAGAUUGUAAAUCUUUUCAAGGUAUUGAACGAAUAUUAUCGACAAAUGUAACACCUUGGUUAAUGGUAGUCAAUCAAGAAUGGGAAAGUCAAAGUCCCCGGUCUAUGCUAGAAACACUUUAA